AUGAGCUACGCCCAGUCGAAAUUCGAGGUAGCAGAGAAGAACUUCACUGAAGCAAGAAAGAAGAAAGAACAUCUGGCGAAAACGCUCGAAGGCCUGAAAGACGCCUAUGCGGCCGCGGAAAAAGAACUCGAAGAAGCUAGACGAGCAAGAUAUUGCCUGAAGGCUCUCAAAGACGAGAAGGAGAAGGAAGAGCCCUUCUUCUGCCUCAAGUGCAUCACCAACGCUCCUCGCUACUGCUCUGGCUGCGGCAAGCCCUUGGCUGACGACAAGAUCCUCAAGCUCUUCUGA